AUGGAGGCGUUGAGCGUAUCAAAACUCAUAAAGGAUUAUAAGAUCGCGAAGAUUGAUAGGCGGGCAAAUAAGGUGGCGCACGAGAUUGCAAAAUUCAGUUUUGACAGUAGGUCCGAUGGCCUCUUAUGUAAUAGUGUUCCGCCAUGUGUAACUGCUUUUGUAAUGAACGAUUGUAAGAUAACCAAAACUGGGUCCUCUACCAAGCACCUGUCCAGCCCUGUGCGAGCUACACUUCAAUUUGUAUUCUCAGAUAUGGAAGAUUUAAAAGCCUUUGUGAAAGAUUCCGGUUUUGUAGAAGCCAAUGAUCAGACACACCGUGACCUUACUUCUGGAUACAAUAUUGAUGAGGUCGAUUCCUCGGGUGGAUUGGAUUCUCACCCGCUCCAAGUGAAACUUGAGCGACGGCAUGCAAGGGACUACCAAAGAAGAAGAGAUGAUGCAGGUUCAGAAUCUGACAUUAUCUGUGUUAGUGCUGGCAGAUCCAAAGAUGGAAAGAAACAGACAGUUUCACACACUAGCAACAGUAGGAUCAUCAGCAAAAAGGGCCGGCCAACGUUACUAGGUCAAACACCGUUGAUCCACUUGCUCCACCUCUCGUAUGACCUUACUGGGUCAAACUUUGGAACAACAGAUGAUAGGCGUGGUCGAUAG